UCACGAAACUUAUUUUCUAACCUAGCAUAACUUAAUUUAAUCGCUGUCCGUAGCACUCGUAUUCUCUUUACACGUCAUUACGAUCGUGACGUUGACAUAUAUCGACAUAUAUUUUCUAUUCGCCAGUUGCCUGUAUUUUCUAUUUAAUUGGUAAAUUGUAAAUGUUAUAUUGAAAAGUCUCGGACAGAUUUUUUUAGAUGAGUUUUACGAAUGUGUGGCUUACGUAUUUGAGGUUAUAUUUAUACGUGAAUAUUUUCAGUAUAAGUAUCGUUGUUUAAUACAAUUUACUUGCGUGGGAAACAUAUUUUCACUGAAAUAAUUAAUUGUUGCUGCUUCCUGGAGAGGGAAAGAUUGAAAUAUUCUUCAAGUUCAUAAAGGUGUUUUAUGGGACAAUAAUUUUUUUCUAUACCUGUUCAUCCACUAAGCUAUCAAGAUUGCUAACAAAAUGCGACGUUCUCAUUCAGGUGGUUAUGGCUACGAGCCAUUGCCAAGUACAUCUACUCACAAUGCCAUGGAGGACGAAAACGAAAGGAUGGCUGAAGAACUGAAGGAUAAAAUUCACGCUUUAAAAUCAUUAUCUAUUGACAUUGGCACCGAAGUCAAAUAUCAAGAUAAAAUGCUAAGAGACAUGGAUGAUGAUUUUGAUAGGACAAGCGGCUCCUUGUCUGGUUCUGUGGCGCGUGUUUUGCGUCUAGCCAAAGCAGGCCACAAUUAUUAUAUCAUAUAUUUGGUCCUUUUUUCUAUAGCAGUAUUUUUUGUGUUGUGGAUAGUUUUAAAGUUUAAAUGAUUGUACAUACGAUUUAUAGCUAAGGUGAUUUGUAUAUAAAACAUAUUUAGGGGUAAAAGUAUGUAGAUAUUCUAAAUAAGUUAUAUUCAGCUAUAGCUUGAAUCUUUUGCAUUAUUUCAUCGUACAUAAAACUUUAUUCUUCUUUUAUAAAAUAACGUACAAUUGUUAUGUCAUACUUAUAAAAGAAAAUAAUUUAGGGCAAGCAGCAGGAGAUGGCAUACUCUCUUGGAAGAAA